AGUGCAUGGUGGUGUUGAGUUCUGAGCUGAGGAAGUGGGACAGGGGGUGGGGAUCAGGUUUGCCUUGGCACAUUGAGUCGCAGUGUCUGUUAGUCAGCCGGCACAGUCAGAUACACCAGGCUGGAGCUCAGUGGGCAGAUCGGAGCUGGAGGUGAAAUUUCUUAUGUAAUUGUCAUGUUUCUGGGCACUGUCUCUUCCUAAGGGCAUGGAGCUCCCAUUUGGUAAUGGGAACCAUCUGGAGACCAUCGCAAGCAUCAGUCCUGCUCUGGCCACUUACGUGGUAUUCAUUUUCUUAUCCUGUCCAGAUGGCCACGCAGGCUGCCAUCUCCCCGAGGGCCUGUCCCUCCAACACACUGUGCUCCUAGCCCAAGCCUCAGAAUGCGGUCACCGUUGCUGUGUCUUCCCGAGCCUUGUUCCGCAUGGACGAGGAGCAGCGGAUCUACACGGAGCAGGGCGUGGAGCAGUACGUGCGCUACCAGCUGGAGCACGAGAACGAGCCCUUCGGCCCUGGACCCGCCUUCCCCUUUGUGAAGGCUCUGGAGGCUGUGAACAGGCGGCUGCGCGAGCUGUACCCAGACAGCGAGGAGCUCUUCGACAUCGUGCUCGUAACCAACAACCAUGCUCAAGUCGGGGUCCGCCUCAUCAACAGCAUCAACCACUAUGACCUGUUCAUCGAGAGGUUCUGCAUGACAGGUGGAAAUAGCCCCAUCUGCUACCUCAAGGCCUAUCACACCAACCUCUACUUGUCAGCUGACUCGGAGAAAGUGCAGGAAGCCAUCGAUGAGGGCAUCGCCGCUGCCACCAUCUUCAGCCCCAGCAGAGACGUGACCGUGUCCCAGAGUCAGCUGCGUGUGGCCUUCGACGGGGACGCCGUGCUCUUCUCGGACGAGUCGGAGCGCAUCGUCAAAGCCCACGGGCUGGACAGGUUCUUCGAGCACGAGAAGGCUCAUGAGAACAAGCCUCUGGCCCAGGGCCCACUGAAGGGCUUCCUGGAGGCGCUGGGCCGGCUGCAGAAGAAGUUCUAUGCCAAGGGCCUGCGGCUGGAGUGCCCGAUCCGCACCUACCUGGUGACAGCCCGCAGUGCGGCCAGUUCUGGGGCCCGGGCUCUCAAGACCCUGCGCAGCUGGGGCCUGGAGACGGACGAGGCCCUGUUCCUAGCUGGUGCGCCCAAGGGCCCCCUCCUGGAGAAGAUCCGCCCACACAUCUUCUUUGAUGACCAGAUGUUCCACGUGGCUGGGGCUCAGGAGAUGGGCACCGUGGCCGCCCACGUGCCUUACGGCGUGGCACAGGCACCCCGGCGAACUUCACCUCCAAAGCAGGCCCCACCUGCACAGUAGCCGAGCCCCCCGCUUCAGGCUCCCCGUCGCACCCGGACACCUCGCCCUGUGGACCCUUCUAGUUCCUUCUGCAUGUCUGCCUCGUCCCUGUGAGUGCGGUGCCUGUAGGAGGUCGUGGGACUGGGCUAGCAUUCUCACCGUCCCCCGUUUAGGGCAAACUCGGGGCUGUGAGCCAGGCUGAGACAGCAGGACUGGGGCAGAGAAGCUGGGUUUCAGGGAGAAGAUGAUGGGACUGAGGGCCAGAGACACCAGGAUGCCUGGCUGGGAUGAAGACCAGCUCAGUGGAGAGCAAGAACUCUCCGGUGAGAUAGAGCGGAUCUGGCUUCGAAGCUCUAUCCUGGUCUUCAUCACACGACUUUAAGUAAGUCUGUCCCCUUUGUGGGCCUCAGUCUCCCCAGCUUUCGGGUGGUUUUCAAACUCUCCUUUAGCCAAAAAAGCUUGGUUUUUGAAGAGCACCCUCUUUUUAAAUUUUGCUAAAAAUUUAUUCAUUUGGGAGUCAGAAAAAGGGGGGGGGUCACUCCCAUCUGCUGGUUCACUUCCCCGAAGCCCAAAAGAGCUGAAGCUGGGAGCCUGGAGCUCAGUCCAGGUCUCCCAUGUGGGCAGCUGGAACCCAAUCGCUUGGGCCAUCACUGCUGCCUCCUGGGGUACACACUAGCGGGAAUCAGAGUCAGGAGUGGGGCCGGGUAUCAAACCCGGACACCUGCCCAGCCCACGUCUGCCCCCAGAUUGCCUUCUCUGAAGGAAGCGCUCUGUGCCAGGGCUGCUGCUGCAAUGGGUGGCAUCUUUGUGCCAAUUGCAAAAGGGACGUUGUCUCUAGAUGAAUAAAUGACACAAAGAUGGCCCUUCCUCUGGCCUGACCCAGACCCUCGCCAGGUUACACGGCUUGAUCCGCAGAGUGAAAGCUGGAUCUCAAGUCUCCCGCCUGCCCAUCCCUCCACCCAAGAGGCCUUUGUCAAGUGGGCAAAGUGUGCAGUGCUCCACAGCAACCCCAUCAAUAAUUUGAUGUGUUUGGAAACCACUAGACAAGAUGACCCCUCUGCUCCCUGCGAUUCUGUAACCCAAGCCAUCGGGGGUCUGUGUCCAGGUGGAAGGUUUGUGGAAAGUGACAGAAAGUGUAAAUUUCAUCAGCAUGCAGAUUAUCCUCAGGCCAGCAGGGGGCACUGCAGGCUCUUCCUAGGGAGGCGUGUUAGUGACUGCCAGAUCAAAGUUUCUUUUCCUUUUAACCAAAGUUCAGUUGUUCUUGCCCAUCAACCCCCUGCCUCAGCCUUCACUCUCCCAGUUACUGCACCUGCUGUGCCGCAGGCAAAGAGGCACAGUACCUGGCUACUACGCAGGGGGAGAAAGCACAGCGGCUGAAGCUGACGGUCACCCAGGCUGCACCCAAGGGCACGGUGCCACCUUCAUGAGGUGUGAGGCGGCCGGCGGUCUGGUCUGAGACAACGGAUACAAAGGCAGCGCCCGCUCCAAGGGGAAGGAGGUGAAGUGUACACUAGCAAAAUCCUCCAGCCUGUGAGCGCGAGGCCAGGUGGAGCUGCCCUGCAGGGAAGGAGCUCCCCGUCACUGGGAUGCUAUGCAAGGGAUUCCAGGAUGGGGCGAGCUGCACCUGGGCUGCACCAGUGGAUCCUCCACCCCUGUGGGAGCCCCCGCAGUGCCUCUUCACCGCCCCCAGCGGAGAGCUCCCUCCACCUGGCUGUCUCCGGAGAAUGUGCUGCGGUGGUGCCGGCCCCCAGGAGGACCAAGGAGGAGCUCCUUCGAGGAGUCCGAGCUGUGAGCGAGCACCUGGUGAAGGAAGCCAAAGGCAGCGUCACAGCGGGCGGGGGCUUGGCGGCACAAGGCCUGACUCUGCCCUUGGGUGGACUCAGCCUGGAGUCGGAAUGGGCACAGAUUCUGGGCACUGGGGGGCAGAAAGUUAACCCAGGAAGGAGGAAAAAGAACACGGAGAUGCUUCUUAAAACUGGCGAUGGUUUGGGCUGGAAGAGAAGUGCUGGGCUGGCCUUUUGCCAUCAGUGCUGGCAGCUCCAGCGGCCGGUCUCAGGGAGGAAGGCUUUGCCCCCACUGUGGCUGUCUUAUCAGGGGACACUGGCGCCAGUACACUCAGAAGAGCGCGCGUCGGAGAUGGCUUUGCACAAGGUCGUUUUCCUCGCAUAGCCAGGACCGCUAUGGCCAACACAGGACGCAGGCCUGGUCUGGAGUUCCCUCCACUGCCGGAGCUCUAAGCCUAGCCCAAGAACAGCCCCAACAACAUGAAAAGCAGGUGAGAGGGGAGCUUGGCCUCAGAGUCACCUUCAGUGGGGGCCAGACCACAUGACAGCCAUCUGCUGCCAGGAUCAGAAUCGCCCCUUGGAGGAGUCUCCAGGACUCAUGGAGCUGGUAGUUCUAUGAAGCUUGCAAGGCUGGGUACGGCCCAGGCUUCCGAAUGGCAUUAAGCUGCCUGGCCCAGGGGUGGGGUGACCCAUGCACUGGGACAGCGGCACCAGAUGUCACCCAAUUGAGAUAAACUCCAGAGAUUCUGAGACCUAUGAGGUCCUGCCCCGGGGGCCGAGUGAUGAACAGCUGCUCUCAGGAAGCAGAAUGGCACUGGAAACACUAAGAUAAGGUGCAAUAAAAGCUGUGGAUCUUCCUGGAGCCACCACUAACAGACAGGGACAGACAGCCCCAGGCAGUCCAAAUUCUAUUACAGAAACCACAGGGAGCAUCUCUGGCCUGGGAGUAAACGGCCGAGGUGCUGGGGGCUGGCAUAGGCCACAGCCAGACAGCCCUGAUGGUCUCCUGCGGGGAGCAGUGUUUAUUGCAUCAUCUGGAAAUUACAAAGCCAGAGGAGCUCCACAGCCCCAGGCCUGACUGGGGACCGCAUGGCUCGGGCAGAGAGGCCUCCACUUCUGAAAAUCUGCACCCCUUCCAUGGAAAGCACCAUUUCCCAAAGAAGUGCUGCAGAACACGGUUCCCAGCACAGGCUGGUCCGCAGUGCUGAUCCCGCGGGGAGCAGACACGCUGCUACACACUGAGGUUGCCAAGAUCGCUGCACAACAGCCCUCUGCCUGGCCUGAGAGCCCCAUCAGAGUAGCGGAGAUGUAGCAGACUAUACCAGGAAAAAAACAAAACAAAACAGAAACCAGCAAGCAAUUCAAAUCCAAGGUCGAUUUGGCAUUAUAGUAAUACCCAGCUCGUGUGCACCAGCACAAACUCAGAGUAAAAUACUGAAAUGCCUCCACACCAGGAGGGUCCCUCGGAGGCCGUGGUGGCCAUGGCCCUUCCACUGUGAACUUUCCCAUUUUCUCACAACCCAGCCUGCAGGCGGCUGCACCAGCCCUGUGGCCAGAGAACCCUCUGUUUUAUGGUGUCCCAGCCAUGCUGGCUUAGGAGGUAAAAUAACUUGUUCAAGGCCCCACAGCGCUGGAACUGAAACUCGUAUCUGUCUGAUGCUGGGACCAGGCUCUCAACCAUUUUGCCAUCCUGUUUCUAGAAGAGAACUUUGGAAACUUCACGGAACAACGAAGAAAAUACCAUGCAUGGAUUGCAAACCAAUUUUGCACCAAAAUAAGCUUAUCUUUGAAGUCCAUUUCCGGUGAACUUUCUGAAAUACCCUUGUCUAUUCCCAUACGGACGCCCGUGUCAAGAGAAACUUCUGAGGCCUUUGCUGAAGACGUGUUCCCAGCAGUCCUGUUGGCUUCCUGCCUGCUGGAAUGCAUUGGAGCGGGUACAUGUUUGCUUUGGCUUCCUGCAUAGCAAGAAACCGAUUUAAAUGAGAGCCAAACAUUUACAAAUCCCCCCGAAGCACUUCCCAGCAACACCCGAGUUCUCUGGAUCCCAGUUUGAAGACUCCUGUCUUGGAUUAAUGCUGUUCUGGCAAACCACAGAAGCCUGGGCCUCAUCUGACCCGAUACCUACUUUUGUAAAGAAAUCUUUUUUUUUUUUU